AAUUGCGUACAAUUCACGCCAAAAUUAUUGCAAUAUGGAAACAGUAAUGCCAACCGUUUCGUUAGCAAAAAUGUCAAAAUGCAGUCCUAACCUAUAAUACACACGUGCCAAUGUUUUGAUUUAUUAAAGAUAGUUAACACGCUGAUUUAAGACAAAAAUGGCCAAAAAACCCAAACCCAAGUCAAAUUUACCCAAAACACGAAAACAAUUACGAAAGGAAGAAAGAAAAAACAAAAAAAUUAGGCGCAAUGAGUAUUACACAAAUCGACGAAAACCUGGGCAAUUCGUGCUUAUUAAGAAAAAUACUAGUGAUAAAAAUGUUAAUAAUGAAACACAAGUAAAGAAGCAGCCACCCAAAAAUCACGAAAAAGCAGAACACCUUGUUAAAACUAAAAAGCCAAUUGUUGAAGAAGUGCUCGAAAAAGAAAAGAAAAUGCAGCUGAAGCUACAAAAAGAGAUGAACAAGCAACGCAAUAAGCAACUAGUUCAAGCUAAUUUAGAGGAAGACCGUAACAUAAAGCGUCUGGAAAAGCAGCUCAAACUGAACAAAAGAAAAUCAAAGGCGGUGCCUGCGUCAUUUUCGAAUGAUGGUCUUGACUAUUUAUUGGAAGUUUGUGAUCCAGAAAAUUUAAAAACCUCAGGUCUGGCGGAACAACAGCUAGCAGAAGUCAAUGAUGAGUUUGAGGAAGAUUUAGUUUUGAUGACUGAAAGUAAUAAAAAUGAUGAAGGUGAAGAUGUUUCAGAGGAUGAAGGCGAUUUUUUCAAUGACUUGUCUGAAGAUGAAGAAGAGACCAGUGUUGGUCAGAAAAGAUUAAUGAGUGACAGUGAAGUUGGUAGUGAUGAUGAUGAAGACAAAUCAGAGAAAACAACCAAAAAAAGAAAAACAUCAAUUGAGUCAGAUUUUAGUGAUGAAAAUAGUGAUGCAGAGGCUCCAGAUGAGUCAGAAAAAGAAGACAGGGAUGAUGGUACAUGGGAAGACAUUUAUGGAAGACUAAGAACCAAGGAAGGGACCAUUGUUGAUGCCAAAUCUGACAAGUAUAUUCCACCAGGUGCCAGAAUUUUGAAAGAAGAUGCAAAUGUUGAUAAAGCCAGACUUCAAAAACUAGAAAAAUUAAAAAGACAGUUGAAAGGUUUGAUAAACAGACUGGCUGAAAGCAAUAUGCACAGCAUUGCCACACAAGUUGAAGAACUCUAUAUGAAUAAUAGUAGAAAUGACAUGAAUAGCACAAUCACAAGUCUUGUUCUUGAUGCUCUAGUUUCAAAUAUUUUAGCACCUGAAAGAUUGUUAAUGGAACACAUUUUACUAAUUAUAGUUCUACACGCGAAUGUUGGAACAGAAGUUGGUGCCCAUUUUCUACAAACUAUUGUUAAACACUUUGAUGAAAACGUUAACACUUCACUGAACAUUGAAAACAAGAAACUUGACAAUAUUGUGGUUAUUUUGUCUCAGUUGUACAAUUUUAAAUUAUUUGAUUGUAAAUUAAUUUAUGAAAUUAUUGACAAGUUGGCUGACAAGUUUAAAGAAAAAGAUGUAGAGUGCAUUUUACACAUUCUUAGGAACGUUGGGUUUAAUCUUAGGAAAGAUAAUCCACUGGCGCUGAAAAAUCUGAUCCUGACUUUGCAAAAAAAAGCCUCUGGGGUUUCAAAUGAUUUGAAAGACAAUUCCAGAGUGAAAUUCAUGUUGGACAUUUUGUUAGCCAUCAAAAACAACAAUGUCACAAAAAUCCCGAAUUAUGACACCACUUACUCUGAACAUUUAAAAAAAAUUAUGAAGGGGUUUAUUAGAAAGGGGAAUUAUGUGACACAGUUGAAUAUUUCGCUGGAGGAUUUAUUAAAAGCUGAAGAAAAGGGUAAGUGGUGGGUGGUUGGAUCCGCCUGGACAGGAAACACCGACAGUGACACCCCUUCCAAAGACACUUUUGAAAAACCAAACAGUUUCUCUCAAAAAUUACUAGACUUAGCGAUAAAACAGCGAAUGAACACUGACGCACGAAAAAAUAUAUUUUGCAUUAUUAUGUCAGCAGAGGAUUAUCUAGACGCGUUUGAGAAGUUGCUACGUUUGGCUUUAAAAAAUCAACAAGAACGGGAAAUCAUCCACGUUAUUCUUCACUGUUGUCUGCAGGAAAAAGCCUACAACCCGUAUUACGCGACUUUGGCGCAAAAAUUUUGCGAGUAUGAUCGCAAAUACCAAAUGACUAUAAAAUACUCCAUUUGGGAUAAACUCAAAGCUUUGAAAGAUCAUUCAGCCACGCAGAUUUCUCACUUAGCGAAACUGUUAAGUCACUUGUUUAUAGAGAAGGGUCUUCCUAUUUCAAUAUUGAAGAUUGUGCAAUUUGGUGAGCUAGACAAGGUCACUUUAAGAUUCAUAAGGCAGAUUUUGUUGGGGAUUUUGUUGCACGAGGAUUUGGAUGUUUGUCAAGGUGUGUUUGAAAAGGUUGGUCAGUCUGAAAAGUUGAAGAUGUUCCGGGAAAGUUUGCGGUUGUUUCUUCAUCAUUUUCUGUUGAGAAAUUUGGAUUCGCAAGGAAUUGCGGACGAUAAGAAGGAACUUUUGCAACAACGGGUGAAAGUUGUUGAAAAGUUGUUGACGGGGCGAAUACGUUAUUAAGUUAUUGUAAAAUUUUAUUUAAUUUUAGGGUUGUAAAAAAUAUUUAGAAAAUAAAGCUAUUUUUGUAAAUUUA